UUGGGGGAACAGGCCACUGAAAUCCGGAGCAGAGAAAGGUGUCCUUGACUCCAGAAAGAGAGCGCAGUCCAUGCAGAGCCUGCAGAAUUGCUCAGCAGAUGCCAUCUCAUUGGGAGAUAGAAGACUGCCAGGUCCAAGAUGUACUGCCUCAGCUCUUCAUUCUGACACUCUGCAAAUAGCUUAUGAGAGCCUAGAUCAGGUAACAUUUGAAGAGGUGGAGAUUCGUUUCAGCAAGGAGGAGUGGUCCCUACUAGAUCCAGACCAAAGGGCCCUGCACAGGGAAGUCAUGGAGAAGAACAUGGAGCUUGUGGCCUCUCUGGGUAAGACUCCCUCUUUUUCCUGGCUGAUCCAGUUACUCUUUAGGACCCUCGUAGCGUCUUCCUCCCUACUUGCUGUAUUUCUGCCAGUUGAGUCAUCUUCCAUACGGUGAUGGACAAGAGAAAGAGAAUUUAAGAGAACGAAGGAUGUCUUUGCAGGAAAGAGUCCAACGUCAACAAAAGAAAGAGAAGGGAAGCAAAAUCGAUACUAAGGAGAGGAGGAUGAAUAUAGAUACUGCUUUUCAGACUGGAGAUUUCUGUGGAAUGUCCAUCCAAAAAAUAAGACAGAAAGGACAGGGUCAGAGUAAGCAUAUUUCUCUUGAAUGUUGGAGAAACCCCAGUUGUAAAGAAAUCCUUACUUUUCACAGAGGAAUUUAUGUAGAAGGUAUUCACAUAGAAAAAAGAAAAUGUGAGUUGUUAGGAUGUGGAAAGGGCUUAAGGUGGACAUCACAUGAAAGGCCCCACACAGAAGUGAAACCAUUUAGCUGCUCAAAGUCUGAAAAAUGUUUAAGUAGGAAGAUAAGCCUAGCAAGUCAUAAAGUCACCCACACCAAAGAAAACCAAUUUAAAUGCAUGGAAUACAAAAAGAUUUUCAGUGGAAAGACAAGUCUUAUUUGUCAUAGAAAAAUUGAUGCAGAAGAGAAGUCAUUUAAAUGCCUGGAAUGUCUAAAGAGUUUCAGACACAAGAAAUACCUCAAUUGUCAUCAAAAAAUUCACACAGGAGAAAAGCUAUUUAAAUGCCUGGAAUGUGGAAAGGAAUUCAGUUGGAAGACAAAUGUCACUUGUCACCAAAGAAUUCAUACUGGAGAGAAGCCACUUAAAUGCUUAGAAUAUGGAAAGAAAUUUAGUCAGAAGGCAGAUCUCACUCGUCAUCA